AUGACCGAGGCACUUGGUAACCAAGGCAGGCGUACUCAACCCCCUGAAGUUUCCAAGCUAUUAUCUACCAUGAAGAACAUUGGAUCCUACAAGUUCAAAGGAGGAUCCGAUCCUAUUGAGGCCGACAAGUGGAUUACUAUGAUGGAGAAGAAUUUUGAAGCCAUGGAGUGCCCGGAGGAGUAUAAGAAGAAGAUCGCUGUGUACUACUUGGAAGGCGACGCCACAGGAUGGUGGGACAGCAUAGACAGACAGCGUGGACACAACAUCACAUCAUGGGAGUCGUUCAAGGGAGAGUUUGAGAGGAAAUACUUUCCUCCAGAAGCAAAGCAUCGAUUGGAGCGCCAGUUCAUGAACCUUGUUCAAGGAGAUAGGCCAGUGAGGAGUUACGAAUCUGAGUUCACAAGGUUGAGGCGACAUGUCUUUGAUGGGCGUGAAGAUGAAGCAACUAUGAUCCGUAACUUUAUGUACGGAUUGAAGCCGGAGCUUGGAAGUCGUUUAGCUGGAAGCAACUUUAGCAGCUUAUCUGAGCUAGUGGAAAAAGCUGUUAAUGUUGAAACUGUAUUGGAGGCUGAAAGGAAGACCUUACCACAUUCUGGUGGACACACCAAGUUUAGCCAAGGAGAAAGGCCAAAUUUCAACAAGGGUCCAAGAUCUUACAAAGGAAAAGGGCGAGGAUUUGGAGGCCAAGCCAACAAUCGUGAUGUGGCUGUCUUGACCCCCGCAGACCGAACCCUUCAAGCAAAUCAGUGUAUCAAGAAUGUUCCAUUGGUCAUUCAAGGCAAAGAGUUUGUGGCAGAUCUAUUAGUCGUGCCUUUGAAAGGGUACGAGGUAAUCCUUGGAAUGGAUUGGUUAUCGAGCUACGGAGUUCAAAUCGACUGUGGAAAGGGAAGGUUGUUGUUCGGCAGAGGAGUUGAAACAAGUGAAGUUGGUCGUUUUGGAGGGCAGACAAGCGAGCCAUUGGGACUUCAAGCGGUGAAUCAGGCCAGCUUGAUUCAGAGAAUUCGAGAAGAACAACUUAAGGAUGAGAAGUUACUGAAGAUUGCUGAAGAACUCAAAGGACAAGCCGGGCCAAAUAAUGCGGGAUACUACUUGGCGGAGGAUGGAACCUUGUUAAUUAAUGGGAGGAUCACGGUUCCUAAAGGACAAGGGCUGAGAGAUGAGAUACUAAGGAUCGCACAUCAUUCUUUACUUAGUAUCCAUCCUGGAAGUUCGAAGAUGUACCGAGACGUGAGAAGAUACUAUCAUUGGCCGGGCAUGAAGAGGUCAGUAGCACAAUGGGUUGCUCAGUGUGCAACUUGUCAACAAGUCAAGGUGGAACAUCAAGUUCCAGGAGGAUUGUUGCAGAGUCUUCCGAUACCUCAAUGGAAAUGGGACUCUAUUUCCAUGGAUUUCAUCACCGGAUUACCUACUGCUCCAGGUAGAUCGAACAACUCGAUAUGGGUGAUUGUGGAUAGGUUAACCAAGGUCACACACUUGUUGCCUAUGCGGGACACUGAUAAAGUUGAAGUUUUGGCCGAGAUGUACAUCGACAAAAUCGUGAAGUUACAUGGUGUACCCUCAGACAUCGUCUCAGAUCGCGAUCCAUGGUUCACGGCAUCAUUCUGGGAAGCACUGCAAGAAGCCUUGGGAACUAAACUGUACAGAAGCACGGCGUUCCAUCCAGAAACAGAUGGCCAAACGGAAAGGACCAUUCGGACCAUCGAGGACAUGCUGCGGAUGUGUAUUCUCGAUUGGGCAGGAACUUGGGAGAAGCAUUUACCGUUGGUUGAGUUCUCGUAUAACAACAGUCAUCAUUCGAGCAUAGGGAUGUCACCUUAUGAAGCAUUAUACGGAAGGCCAUGCAAGACGCCUAUGUGUUGGACGGAAGUGGGCGAAAGAAGAAUGUUUGGGUCACCUAUUGUUCAGGAGACCAUGAUUAAACUGGAGACGAUUCAGGCCAACAUGAAGAAGGCUCAGGACCGUCAGAAGAAGUACGCAGACCAGUCAAGAAGAGAAGUAACUUUUAAGUUAGGAGAUUGGGUCUAUUUGAAGGUUACUGCACAGAAAGGGAAGGACAGAUUUGGCAAGCUCGGGAAACUUGCGGUCAGGUUCAUUGGUCCGUACAAGAUCAUCGGGAAAAUUUGUGAGGUAGCUUACCGAUUGGAUCUGCCAGCAGAUAUGCAUCUACAUCCAGUAUUCCAUGUUUCCAUGCUUCGGAAACAUAUACGGGAUCCAAGUACUGUUGAGCCCGAGAGAAUCGAGGAGUUGGAGACAAACCUUACGUAUCCGGAAGGACCAAUCAGAUUAGGAGAACGGCGUAUUCGGAAGCUCAAAAAUCGUGAGAUUGCUGAAGUACAAGUGUUCUGGGGAAGACAAAACAGGAUUCAUGUUACUUGGGAGGAUGAAGCGAGAUUUAAAACCGAUCACCCGGAGUUUUUCCGAGAGGACGUUGUAAUGGAAGAAGGAGGCCCCUCAGAGCCUUAGAAUUCGAGGACGAAUUCUAUUAACGGGGGAAGAAUGUAGAAACCCUUAAAAAAAAAAAAAAAAAAAAAUGGUCGAGUAUCUUUUGGAUGAUCUAGUCGCGGAUGAUCAUAUUGUUCUUGUCUGAACCAUGAGUCAAGUAUGCAACUGGACAAUGGUUAGACAAUGUAGCAGAUUGAUUCAAAUGAUGUUGAAGCAAGACACUUUUGGAAGCACAACAGGAAGACCGGAAAUUGGCGAAAAACCUAAAUUUCGGUAUUACGAAAUUUUUCGAAGAAGCCAAAAGCUCGGUAAAUAUUUUUCCUCAAGAUCAGAGUCCCAGUAGGGUUAAUUAAAAAUACUCAGGCCAUCAGAACGGACGUAUAAAAAUAUUUGGGAUUGAUCGCGGGACGAAAAUUCACCGGAAAGGCCGAAAUCGGCCGAAUCGACCGAGAAGCUCGAGGUGGCUUGAUGUGUAUGUGUUCAGGACGUGGUGGCAGGCUCUUGACAGUGUGUGUGUCAAGGGAAGCAGGAGGUGUUGCAGUACAUGCAACAUUUACAUACAAGUAGACAUGUGGAACACGAGGUGGAACGGCCAAGCACGAGGUGUUGCGAUGCAUGCGACCGAAGCAUGCAGCCAGCCAUGUGUGAGAUGGGGUGUCGACCUGCAUGCACUUCAGUCAUGCAGCAGGCCAUCUGGACGUGGGUGUGUCAUCCUGCAUGAGACUGAGGCAUGCAGCCAGCCAUGUGGAGCACGAGGUGGAACGGCAAAGCACGAGGUGUCGCGAUGCAUGCGACCGGGCCAUGCGGCCAGACAUGUGGAGGAUGUGGUGUCAGCUUGCAUGUGAUCAGGCCAUGCAUCCAGACAGGUAGAGGGCGUGGUGUCACCUUGCAUGUGAGCAGGCCAUGCUGAAGGACAAGUGGAGCACGAGGUGCCGCCACGCAUGCGUCCGGAGCCAUGCGAAGCGACACACGGGCUGCCACACGGCUUGUUCCUGAUUGGUUGAUGAUUCCUAUAAAUAGGCCACGAACCCCUCUCAUUUCAACUCAUCCAGAACACAUCAAAACUACUUCAAAACAUAAAGAGAAAGCAAAGAAAGAAAGAUCGAGUUUCGAUAGUUUUCGAGCGAUUUAGGCAGUUUUCGAGAACAGUUACUCUGCCGAUUUUGAGUCAGCACUUGGAGAAGAUUCUGUUCAAGUGAAGAGAGAUCAGUUCUAGUGGAGACAAGUUCAAGUGAAGAUCAGUCCAGACGUGGGUCUACUU